GCAUUGCGUCCCUGCGGCCUGGUCUUCGCGGCCUGGGCGGGCGGGCGCCUGGUGGGUCCCGGGUCCAGGGUCCGUCGUGCUCCGCUUUCACUUGGGGUUCGCGGCCCGCCCUCUUGCCCAUCUAGCCCCGGCCUCGGGACCGCAGAUUCCUCACCUCGUAACGAGAAGGCCGCUUGCUUACCCGCCGUUCCCGGCGCUUUCUGCGCGCUGCUGCUGGUAAGGUUGUGUGCACUUGACUCUUCUCACCAUGUCAUCUCACAAGACUUUCAGGAUCAAGCGGUUCCUGGCAAAGAAACAAAAGCAGAACCGUCCCAUUCCGCAGUGGAUUCGAAUGAAAACUGGUAACAAAAUCAGAUACAACUCCAAGAGGAGACACUGGCGGAGAACCAAGCUGGGUCUGUAAGGAGAGUUACAUGUGAGAUGACACGUGUUCAUGCUGCAUCAAGAUCACUAGCAUCACCACGUUGCUGUUUGGACAUGUUUGGAAAGUAUUUUUCUCUAUGUCUGUAUGCUUCUGCACCUUGUAGAUUGACUCAGUAAUAAAUAUGUGAGGUCUUGGGAAAAAACAGAUCGUUCUGUACUGUAUCAUGCUCUCUCUGCUUCCUCUUUGCACUCUUUCAUCUCAGCAGCUCCGAAUCACUGCCUGUUCAUCUUCCCCAGCCCCAGGUGGCUGCUUGGUAUGGAAUCCAGGUCUCAUGCACACAAAGACAAAACAUACUCUUAGUGUAAAUGAACUUUCAUAGGAUUAGUGUGCAUAGGAGAGAAGAAAGUUACCCAUAUCCUUGUAGGUAAAUGUCCAACCAAACAGGGUUGACCCAGAGUGUGGCUGCAGAGGCCCAAAAGCUGCCACAAGUUCAAGGUAGGGAACCACAGGGAGGG